AUGGUCGUGAGAAAGCUGUACCUGGCCAGGAGUGGGACCGUGGGUGUGGUCUGCCCAGUGCAGACAGAAGAAUUGAAAAGAUUGCAGAACCCCUUGAAACAAGUUAAUGAUGGAAAGUAUUUACUUGAAAAUCACCAACUGGCCAUGGAUGUGGAGAAUAACAUCCAAAAGUGUCACCUCAAUCUACAGCCCUUGGACUCAAAGGUGAAAAUCAUUCAGCGAGCGUGGCGUGAAUACCUGCAGCGGCAGGAGCCCCUGGAGAAGCGGAGCCCAUCCCCGCCCUCUGUGUCCUCGGACAAGCUGAGCAGCUCUGUCAGCAUGAACACCUUCUCAGACGGCAGCACACCCUCCCAUGAAAAGAAAGUGACUUUGCUCUACCUUGACUGACCUGCCAUACCCCCUGGGUUCAUAUAUAUUCUCAGGGAGCCCCAGAUAGGAAGACUUGGUUUUACCACCCUCUGA